AUGUCGGAAUAUGAAGAAACAAGUACCCGUCUUGUAGAUUACGUUGUCAUCAUCGAAUUUGAUGAAACUCAAAUCCGACACGGGAGCAGUGUUGGGAAUAUUGUACAACGCUUCCCAAAAUAUGAUUGGUCAGAUAUAUCAUUAUCACCAAGCCUUGAAGUGUUUUCUCAGCCACAAGGUUGGGCUCUUUCGGCGGAAACGCGUCCUGUUUGCUUCUUCACAAAUACAUUGACGGAUAUUAUGGGUGCCAGACAAUACGCUUGCUGUCUACAGGUUUACGAACCUUGUGGAGAUGACAUCGAAGAGGUAGAUGAUACGAGAUCUGAUGAAGGACCAAGCCUAUUCAAACCGAAAGUUAUAGUGAUAUUAUCGCGUUUCCCUUUUUUCGAUUUAUUCAGAAACUGCUUAAAUCAGAUCCUCUUGGCUUUAUUGGAAGCAGAAGAUAAAGCGGAAUUGAUGAUUUCAACACUUCUCUCUCAGGUUUAUCUGACACCGGGUAUGCCUGCGGUAUCAUUUUGCUUAGGGAGUGAUCGACUUUCCGUACGAGCUCCCAAAUCGCCAACAAUACCCGUCACAUCUGACAAAGUGACGCUAUUUCUGCAGCAGUUAGGAACAAUCCACAAUAUUCUAACUUUGCUUUGUGCUGUCAUGACUGAUUAUAAGAUAUUGUUUCGAUCCAGUUCGCUUUCUCUGCUUGCUGAUAGCUGCUACGCUUUGCGUUCGCUGCUGUAUCCUUUUGAUUAUCCGCAUACUUAUGUUCCUGUAUUGCCUGAAUUACUCAUUGAAUAUCUAGAAAGCCCAACUCCAUACAUCAUGGGUGUGCUAAAUACUGUUCGUAUACGGUGUACUGAUUUAGAUGCAGUUGUAGUGGAUCUAGAUGUUGGUGCUGUUUACGUGCCCCCUUCAAUUACAAUACCUAUUAUUCCUCAACCAUUUCAUCAGCAACUCACUUCCUCAUUGCAGAUGGUACUAUUUCCCGGUCUAGCUACUGCAGAUUAUGCAUGGAAAGUUGGGCAACCACCAUUUCCUGCUUAUGAAGUACAGGAUAAAAGAAUUCGAGCAUGUUUUCUUCGUUUCUUUGCGGAUCUGUUAGUGGGAUAUCGAUGCUGCUUGGAAGUUAUUCGUGUUUAUACGUCGCCAUUAAUCGUCUUUCACAAAUCUGCAUUUUUGGGUUUACGACAAUUUUCUUCUUGUCCACUUAUUCGUGCUUUUCUUGAUAGCCUGCUUUUUCAGUCUUUCAUAUCCGAACGCGGGUUACCUUUUCGAAUUUGCGACUUAUUCGACGAACUUGUUGCUCAGAUUAGUGAACAAUCAAAUGGUCAGUUAGCUUCGCGAACAACCAGUAUAGAAAACAUCAUUGAGAUUGCUGAGAAAUUACUUGAGAAUGAAAGGCAAGAAAUUCCGUUUUCAGUCACUCCAUUUGUAACUCAGCAGCAAUUUGCAGUUCCAUUUUCAUCUACAAAAUUACGUCUUCUUAAUAAUGAUUUGGUAUCACAAUCAAUCAAACGUAAGCUGAAAACAACCUCAAAUAACAUAGCACCUGUAUUAUGUCCACGUCGUGUUCAAGCUACGCCCUGGAUUAUUGCUAGAGAGGAACGUAUGGGAGCAGUAUCCAGACGUUUACAAGUUCUUGGCAGCUGUUUACAUCAUAUAUUUGAUUUCAAAUUAUCGGAUGCUAGGAAGAUAAUGUGUGCAGUAGAGUUAUCAAUGCGAAGUGUUAAUGCUCGUGUAGCGUUUUGUCAAUUACUAUGGAAAAAUCUUGUCCCUAUCAACCGUGCAACUUUAUUCCCACAGCAGUUUGAAUUAAUUGUGCGAUUAAUGAAUUGCGCUCUUAAUCAAGAAUCUCGAGAGGAUGAACACGGAAUUGCUUAUGCGAUGCUAUAUCUCUCCAAUAUUUAUUGCAGGCGCUUGACUGCUGGCGUACAUCAGUUUGCAUAUACUUGUAUUCAAGAACAUGCAGUAUGGGAUAAUCAACAGUUUUGGGAAGCAGCAUUCUUUCAUGAUGUUCAUCGACAAAUUAGACGGCUCUAUUUACCAACAAAGGAAGGAUCGGAUUGCCCAUUUCCACUGAAAGAAAACGUUACGGAUACGUGGAACUUGAUGGAAAAACCUUCCGGAAUGGAUUUAGUGAGUGAUCAGCUAGCAAGCAUGUCAAAUGUUCAGGAUGAUGAAGUCGAGAAGCGUGCAACAGAAGAAAAUUCAAUUGUUUAUGGACAAGCUAAACAUUACAUCAAUCUGAUGGUAUACAUGCGAAUACCACUCGAUGUCUCAAAGCUACGUCGUGUUAAUGUACGUGAAUUGGAAAGGCGAAGUGAUCGAAAUUCUAGAAAGCGUGAUUUUGAUGAAGAAACUGAAUUGUCCGUAAGUGAAAGUGAAGUGGAAAGUGGUUUUGUUGAAGCCGAUUCAACAGAUUUAGGAAAUUCUACUGUUCGAUGGAUUAGCAGACUCAUCGAUCGUAUUUGUUCAUCAGCUGGUUUAGAGCAGCCUCAAAUUGAACGUCUUUGUAGAGAAAUACCCGGUUUUGUUGCAUUACACAUCGACAAUCUGGAACAAGUUUAUACUGAAAGUAGACGUCUUUCACCUUUGCAUAAGCCGAAAUUACUACAACCAGCACUUUUAUUACCAUCUGAACGUAUUGUUGCUGGUGGAUUGCGAGUAUUUUUGUUAGCGGAUGGGCGUGUAAUGAGCACAACGUGUAGCGAAACACCACAAAGCCUUCUUCCAGCAGAAGGAGCUAUUUUCCUAACCAAUUAUCGGGUUGUAUUCAAGGGACAACCUUGCGAUUUAUUUUUAUGUGAGCAAGUGGUUGUGCGUUCAGUGACAGUUAUGUCAAUAACAAAAGAAAAACCGAUUGGUGAUGCUUCAUCUCAAAGUUCUCAGCUUGAGGGUAUUCCCGUGCGUGUGGCACAUCAAUUACAUGAUGCCUUCCAGAUACGAAGUUCGGGUUUCCAACUCAUGAAAUUUGCGUUUGAUGAAGAAGUACCGAGUGAGAAAGCAGAAGAAUUCAUGGAAGCUUUGAGUAGUUUACGAUGGGCAUCUGUUUUACCACAUACGUUGUUUGCUUAUUCAGCUGCUUCAUCAGUACUUUCAUCAACUUUGGGUGGUAUUACAUCGAAACACAAAUAUGGAACAAUGAAGGAAUUAAAGAAAGCGUUGAUGCGAAAUCCACUGAAAGAAAGAAAACGUUUCCGGGCUCCUCCUAAAACAUUGCCACCAUUUCCGAAAAACGGUGAUGCGGGCACACUCAAUGUCUUAUCAUCAGGUGCAUCAUCUCGUUCGUCGAAAAAUGAUUAUUUAGAUUUAUCUGGAGAGUUGGUUGAUCCAACUACAAGUGGAUUACAUCGUCAUUAUUUGGUUGAUUAUGACCGUUUGGGUUUGAACCAUGGCUCCUUUCGGCUAGCGAAUGCAAAUCGUCGUUAUGAACUGACAAAAAGUUAUCCGAAUAUUGUAGUGGUACCUGCAAAUACACUUGAUGAUAAUUUUGUGAAAAUCGGGAAGGGAUUCCGACAUGGUCGUUUUCCAGUAAUUAUAUGGAAAAGUGAUAACGGUGCGUUACUUGUACGUGGUGCAGGCUUCACUGCGCAAACAGUAGUCACUCGGUUAAGGAAGCAAGCAAAUUUCCUCGGUAGCAGUGACAACCAAAAUAUGGGUUAUAGCGGUUCCUAUAUGUCGCUCAAUUCACGUGAUAUGGCUCCUCCAAACAGUGUUGAAUUACAGGAAAGGUACGUUUCUAUGUUUGCCUCACUUUCACCGAGAAUGGCAAGUGCAGAUGGUCAUUCUUUGAUGUCUGAGUCUGUGGAAUCACUGUUAUCACUUUAUUCCAUGAUUACGGCUGACGGUUUAUCACUAAAUUCCGGCACGCCUGAUUUAUAUCGUAAAUCACAAACGGACAUUGCUCGACAUGCAGCAAAUUUUGUCCGUAAUAGUGGAGGAAGAUCUGGAAUAAAGCCCACAAAUGGUGACCGUUUUGUUGGUUAUGUAGAUUACAACAGCAGUAUCCAGCCACGACGUGCAAAUUUGGGACGAGGACAAAUUCCGAAACCACUUACUAGUCUCACAAGGAAGGCAUUAUACGUAUUAGGAGAUAGAAGCCAAGCUAAGAUGCUGAAGCUAGACAAAAGAUGUGAAUUCGUCCCUAUAAAUUAUCCAUCUGCUCAUAAUGUGAAGAUAGCCUUCAAAAAAUUCUUGCGUGCAGCAUGUCCAAGCUGGCCGUUAUAUGAUGAUCCAUCGCUGACCUUCCUAAAGCAAAUCGACGAUUCUCUGUGGUUGCAUAUGGUAUCUUCGUUGUUGCAUUUAGCUUGUGCAGUAGUGGAUCUGAUUGAUGUACAACUUUCAACUGUAGUUAUAUGUAUCGAAGAUGGGUGGGACGCUACCUGUCAACUUACAGCGCUUUCAGAACUUCUUCUUGAUCCUUACUACAGGACAUUCGAAGGAUUUCGAGUUCUGAUAGAAAAAGAAUGGCUUGCGUUUGGACAUCGUUUCUCUCAUCGUCAUAAUCAUUCAGCUGCAUCUCAGAGCAGUGGUAUUGCACCAAUGUUUUUAUUAUUUUUGGAUGCUGUACAUCAGACAUGGGAACAGUAUCCAUCAGCAUUCGAGUUCAAUGAUUUCUACCUUCGUUUCCUUGCAUAUCAUUCUACCUCAGCAUGUUUUCGUACAUUUUUGCAUGAUUCGGAAGCAGAGCGAAUUAAGUUUGAUUCGCUCACCUUAUCAGUAGGAGAACCGCGCAUUGCAUCAUUGUGGACAUACAUUGACGAGAAACGUCUUGGAUCGUGUUUAUUCGAUAAUUUUAUGUAUAUUGCUGAAAUGCACACUGUUUUACGACCACAGUCAAAUGUAGCUAGCUUAACAUUGUGGCCUUUUUAUUGUGAAGAUCAUUUGGCACAUGGAUCACCUUACGAUAUCGAAAUAGCUGAGAUGGAGCAACAACAACGUGAAGAUGAGCAUCAAGAAUCGUUGAUUGAUGUUGGAACUUCGGUUUCCAUGCCAAGGAGAUUAUUGGAUGCAAACUAUCGUUGUACACAUUUCCUUCUUCUCGAUUCAUUUUCAUCUUUGGUUGAGAGGUUUACACGAUUACGUUCACUUCUCACUAAUGAAGAUGAGAAAGGCGUAGAUUCAUGGCAUACAUUGAUUGCAAUUGCGAAUGAUCGUGCAACCCAAAUUUCAUGCUUUCAAAAUGAUGAGGAUGCAAGUACUGUAAGUAUUUGGCAUCGCUAUGUGCAAAGAGCUGUUCAAAAGAAGGAAACUGUUAAGUUAUUACUUCAUGGUAUAUCACGACAGCAAAGCUCUUCACGGCUAAGGGAUAGUACAACAAGCACGAAUUCGGGUCAUCAUUUUAUUACGCAACAAGUCAUUCCUGGAGAUGCAUGCGCAGUUUGUCACCAGAAUGUUCCAGGUGUUGUAAUACGUACAGUUCACCGAUGCUUGGGAUGUGGUAUGGUUUGUCAUGAAAAAUGUUCAAUUCUAGUAUCUUCUACUUGUCCUAAUACGGAGGAAAAACGAUUAGUGGUAACAGCCAAAUGUGAUCUUCCAUCAGUGUCAAGACGAUCUGCAACUUAUACAGUAGAUACAAGAACCCUAACAAUAAGUGCAAAUUAUCCUCAUGCUGGUGCUACGUAUAGUGGAUUUUUAAUGAAAAAAGGUGCUACGUUUAAGAUGUGGAAACCUCGUUGGUUCGUUCUUGACUCAAAUAGACAUCAGUUGAGAUAUUAUGAGAAUGAAACGGACAUAAAUUGUCGUGGUGUUAUUGAUUUGGCUGACGUUAAAUCUGUGGAAAUAGCAUCUAGUCAUGCUCUAAGGAAGCCACUUCUGGAGGUUCGUACCUCUAGACGUGUAUAUUCAUUACUUGCUGAUACGAAAGUUGACGCCGACUUAUGGUUAGAAAAGAUUUUGGCUGCUCUGCAUGAUUAA